AUGGAGAGAAGUAAAGAUCGCAGCAUUCUCAAGAAGUUAAAGCUUGUGGCGUUGUGUGGGGAUGAAGUAGUGGAUGGCCGCCUAAAACCAGUUUAUACGCCAAAGAACGUAGCUCUUUUGAUGUUCAAUCGUGUACCACACGAGUACUUUCCAGGCGCACUAAUUGAAGUUACUCAGUUUACUAGAGACAACGAAGUAAUAGUUGGGAGUGAAAAGAAGUUUGAUGGUCCAUUACAAGAUCAAAUAAAACAAUGCAUGGAGUAUGUUUUUUCUACAACCAAUAAAAUGAAGUCCGCAAGCUUAGUCACGUACCCCCAUAAAGCUCUUCGAGAAGCUAUUGUCAAUGCAGUUUACCAUCGAGGAUACGAGCCUGAGAAUAGCAGCUCUACCAAAGUGUCUAUACGACCCCACUGUUUGGAGAUUACAAGCUACCCAGGACCAAAUCCUAGUCUUAAACAGGAAGAAUUUACCAGAGGGUCUGUCAUUCCACCAGUUCAAGCAAGAAAUCGGAGGAUUGGUGAAUUCCUCAGGCAACUUAAUUUGGCCGAAGCUCGUGGGACUGGCGUUGAAACAAUAUUUCGAACGAUGGAAAAAAAUGAUAAUCCAACUCCUACAUUUCAAUUUAGUACUGCUUACUUCCGUGUAACCUUGCCAGCUCAUCCGAAGUUUAAAGCAGCUAUGUUACUGAAAGAUGUUGAAGAAAAGGAGGCAAGUGGAAAUCAGUUGGAAGCAAGUGAAAUUCUCCAAAAAGCUUUCGAUGAAGAUCCAACGAUCAUCAGCCAACAUCUAAUACAAAAAUUAAUUACCUUGUUGGAUAAUAAUUGUGAACAUCCAAAUGUGAAGAAAUACGAAACGUAUAUUGACGCCGCUACCAAAGAGCGAUGUGUUUUGUUACUAGAGCUGCAAAGAUGGUUAAGAAAUAAAAGGCAUGCUCGGGAAAACAUUUCGUUGGGUGUUUCGUUGGUUAAGAAAGUGAUCAAAGCCGAUGCCGAUGCUGACGAUUUAUCGGGGGUCACUGCUUUUGUGCACGACUUGUAUAAAGAACGAACUGUGGAUGGUAUGAAAAAGCUUAUCCUAGAAUCAAAUCAAGCUGCACACCAGCUACUUGAAGCCUAUGGUCCAUCCAUUUUGUCACAACACGGGAUUCUAGCAUUCCAUUUUGCCUGCAUUAAGUAUCAAAUUUAUAAAAUAAAGACUCAUAAAAAGGAUAUAAGGUCUAUUCUAAGAAGGAACGCAGCUAUUUUGAAGUAUCUUACAGAUGCUCGCGAUCUUCUACAAAAUGCGGUUACAAUGUCAUCUGGAAAGGAAGAUCCUAAGCUGUUCGCUGAACAACAAAGACAGCUUGGUUACGUAUUGAGUCACUUGUAUCGUUUUGGAAAAGCAAGAAAAUCCGACUGUGAAGAAUGUUUUGAUAAAGCUAAGAAAGUUGACCCAAGUAUUUACAUAAAACAAUAUUUUUAA